GCCGCGCCGCCGGGCCCGCCCCUUCCGUUGCGGAGCGGUCAUUGCCCGAGCCCCGCGCUCCUCCAGGCGCUCCGGCUCCCUUUCCGUUGCGGAGCUCUCACUGCCUGAGCUCCGCGCCCCGCGCUCCUCUCGCCGCUUCCGCGCUGCUCUCGCUGCCCGAACACCAUGGCCACUGUCAAGGACCAGCUGAUCAGCCCUGUUGCGGAGGGAGCCAAGGUCCCCAACAACAAGAUCACGGUUGUGGGGGUUGGCCAGGUUGGGAUGGCCGCUGCUAUCAGCGUCCUUGGAAAGGGUCUUUGUGAUGAGCUAGCUCUGGUUGAUGUUAUGGAAGACAGACUAAAAGGAGAAAUGAUGGACCUGCAGCAUGGGAGUGUGUUCCUUCACACUCAUAAGAUCGUGGCUGACAAAGACUAUGCUGUCACUGCCAACUCCAAGAUCGUGGUGCUGACUGCAGGAGUGCGUCAGCAGGAGGGAGAGAGUCGACUCAACCUGGUGCAGAGGAAUGUGAAUGUCUUCAAAAACAUCGUUCCUCAGGUCGUCAAGUACAGCCCCAACUGCAUCAUCCUGGUGGUUUCCAACCCAGUGGAUAUAUUAACCUACAUCACAUGGAAGCUGAGUGGGCUGCCAAAAAACCGUGUGAUUGGAAGUGGCUGCAAUCUGGACACGGCCAGAUUCCGUUAUCUGAUGUCUGAGAGACUUGGGAUCCAUCCAAGCAGCUGCCAUGGCUGGAUCUUGGGAGAGCACGGUGAUUCCAGUGUGGCUGUUUGGAGUGGAAUGAACGUGGCAGGGGUUUGCCUCCAGGAGCUGAACCCUGCCAUGGGAACUGACAAAGAUCCUGAGAACUGGAAGGAGAUUCACAAGCAAGUGGUUGCAAGUGCCUACGAGGUGAUCAAACUAAAGGGAUACACAAACUGGGCUAUUGGCUUUAGUGUGGCUGACCUCUGUGAGACCAUCCUGAAGAACCUGUACCGGGUUCAUUCAGUUGCUACUCUGGUAAAGGGCAUGUAUGGCAUUCAGAAUGAAGUCUUCUUGAGCCUUCCUUCUGUCCUAAGUGCCUCUGGCCUGACAAGUGUCAUCAACCAAAAGCUGAAGGACGAUGAGGUGAGCCAGCUGAGGAAGAGCGCGGACACACUGUGGGAUGUCCAGAAGGAUAUCAAGGAUCUGUAACUUGUGAAUGUUAGGUUCCAGCAAAAGAAAAACAGCAUGUUGUUUGCAGAUGGGGGUUCUACUCACUGUAUAUCUCAAUGGUCAACAUGAAAUGUUCUUCCAGACUUUUGUCCAUGGUAGCUGAGCUUAUGCUUGCUGUAACGCACAAACCUUGCAAACAAAUAAAGCAAUUUUCAGGCAUC